AUGGCUCAGGCUAUGCAGAACCAACCGAAUGCUGACGAGAAUGCUGGAUCUCGUAGUUUGGCGGCUUUCCAAAGGGAGAAUCCGCCUGUGUUCAAGGGUACGUAUGACCCUGAUGGUGCUCUUGAGUGGUUGAAGGAGAUUAGGCGAAUCUUCCAUGUUAUGGAUUUCACUCCUGCACAGAAGGUUAGAUAUGGCACUCAUAUGCUGGCUAAGGAAGCAGAUGAUUGGUGGCUUGAGACUCGUAGGAGGUUGGAGGCUCAUGGUGAGGAGAUCACUUGGAUUGCGUUUCGCAUGGAGUUCUUAAGGAAAUACUUUCCUGAGGAUGUCCGUGGUAAGAAGGAGAUUGAAUUCCUUGAACUGAAACAAGGGAAUAAGUCUGUUGUGGAGUAUGCUGCUAAGUUUGGUGAGCUGGAUAAGUUUUACCAAUAUUAUGAUGGUGCGAAUGGACAACAAUGCUCAUUAUCGUGUUAUUAA